AGUUUUUCUAUUCUAGUUUUCUAGGAAAAGCAUUAAAAAGGCGCACGUGCCUGAUGAGGCUAUAAGCACUGAGUCUAAUACAUUAAGAUUUAGGAGAGGAGCUAAGGUGGCCUCCUCCAUGAGGAUGGAGGGGAGGAGGCUUGUGAGACACAUCAGGGCUGCUGUGAAUAGCUCAGACAGGACCAGAAUAGAAAGCAGGAGGAAGGUGAGCCUCCUCGUGCCUGAAACUGGAGUAGAAAACUAUAAAGCGUUCAGAUGCUCCGAAAACAACUUUAAAGAUAAAUCAAUUCUGUUUUUAAACACCUGGAAAUUAAACCGAAUCUGUCCUUGGAAGAGGACCAAACAUGAAGGGGUUUCAGCCAAUCUCCGGCAGUCUGGCUCUUCUGGGACUCCUCCUUCAUCAUCCUCACCAUCCUCACCCCCUCCUUUCCCGCGCACCUCCCGUUCCUCCUCGCUGCUCUUCUCGCCGCUCCUCCUCGCAGCACCACCGCAGUCCACGGGUGCCACGCCGUUACCGGUCGCCCGCCUAAUAACCGAGCUGUGCCGCAUCGACCCCAACAUGAUGAUGGGAGCGCGAGGCAGCUGCGCCUCCAUCUAGUCUCACCGAGUCAAGACGGGGGGCACAAUGAGUGAGGAGCCAGCGGUCACCCCAAGCUGGCUGAACCCGGAGGCCACAGCGUGGGCCAGUGGAGGCGGGGGAACGCUAGAUAACAGCACCAGCUUGGGGACGUUUCCACCAGAGGAGUCCCUACCGCCCGGCCAGCUGCCGCUGCUGGUCAACCCCUGGGACAUUGUGCUCUGCUCAUCAGGGACCCUGAUAGCCUGCGAGAACGCGUUGGUGGUGCUUGUGAUCUGGCAGAACUCUGCGCUCAGGGCCCCCAUGUUCCUGCUGAUUGGCAGCCUGGCUCUGGCUGACCUACUGGCCGGUCUGGGUUUGGUGCUCCACUUCACCUGUGCCUACCUACUUCGCUCCGACUCAGCCCAGUUGCUGACUGUGGGCUUGGUGGUGGCCUCUUUCUCUGCUUCUGUCUUCAGCUUGCUGGCUAUUACCAUCGACCGCUAUCUGUCACUGUACUAUGCCCUCACCUACAACUCGGAGCGGACUGCAGCUUUCACCUACACCAUGCUCGUGCUGCUGUGGGGCCUCUCCCUGUGUCUUGGCCUGCUGCCGGUCACGGGGGUUAACUGUCUGGCGGAGGAAGCCUCUUGCAGCGUCGUGCGGCCCCUGACUAAGAAUAACGUCGCCGUGCUGUCUGUCUCCUUCCUGCUGCUUUUUGGCCUAAUGCUGCAACUUUAUGUCCAGAUCUGCAAGAUUGUAAUGCGCCAUGCGCACCAGAUCGCUCUCCAGCACCACUUCCUGGCCGCCACACCCCACUACGUCACAACACGGAAGGGAGUGUCCACACUGGCCAUCAUCCUCGGUACGUUUGCUGCAUGCUGGAUGCCCUUCACCGUCUACUCCCUCAUCGCUGACUACACCUACCCUCCUCUCUACACCUACGCCACGCUGGUGCCUGCUACCUACAAUUCUGUCAUCAAUCCGGUCAUCUACGCAUUCAGGAAUCAGGAGAUCCAGAAAGCGCUGUGGCUGGUGUGCUGUGGCUGCGUGCCUGCAAGUGUGGCCCAUCGUGCACGGACACCAAGUGACGUCUGACAUGGGAAGAAGGUCCUGAGAAAAACAGAAAAGAGCCAUCUGGGUCCAAUCUGCUCCUACCGGGAUGUGUUUGGUGUCAGAGAACAGAAGUUGGAAUGGGCUGUUGGGGUAGUUAUUCACAGCCCACAAGGAUGGAUGGGGUUUUUACUUGUUACACUGACCACAGGGCAAGAAAUCUCACUGUCUUCCCAAUUAAGGGCCAUUAAGUCAGCUGCAUCCUGCCCCCUUCUGUUCCAGUCGUGCCACGCCCAUUCUCCUUUUUGCAGAGGGUGCAUAACCCUGAAGAUACUUACCAGUAGUGUAUCUUUGGUCGCUUCUUCCCCUCUACAUGGAGACCGUGUUAGUUUUUGCUUGUGUGCAAAAAAAUCCCACCCAUGUUGUGCAGGAGCACGCAGGGCAGGUGUUUCCACAGUUGAAGCCGGUCUGGAGCAGCAUCCCGGCGUUCUGCUGCUGCACCCUCAACGUGCACAGAAAGCUAAACAGCCGCGGGGAGCUAAAAAUAGACCCGAUGCGCUCUGAUCUGUGUUCAACAGACGCCGGGGAAGAAAUCAAGGCGCUCCCUUUUUCUCGCCUCUUCCGUUUCCUAUUUGUCUUGUUUUCCAAUUCAGAUUGCGUGUCAAUGCGUUACAGUUUAGGAGGCUCAAGGCCAGGCAGACCCGCCCCGUUAAAAUCCUCCUGCAUUUUUUAUUAGUACAGAGGCAUCAAACCAAAUAUAGGCCUGUUUGAUGAUGUAAUCCACAAGUACACCCCUUCAGUUUAAGCGAGGAAGUGGCAUUUACUGUCUCUUUUUUGACACACGUCUUUAAAAAAAAUCAGUUAAAAUUUGGGAUUUUCGUCUGCAUUAAUCAAAGCUCCCAAAGAGCGUGACAUCAGACUCAUUUUAGACUCAUUUGCAUAUGAGCAGCACAAAACCCUUGGGUUGCUCCCUCCGUUCGGUGUGGUAGGUCACAUGCACCCCUGCAGGCUUUGUGCCGUGCUUUCCUGAUGUUGUCGUGACCUUAAAAAAUGUAGUUUUAGCCCAAAUGACCACAGUGUACCUUACAUGUGCUGCAUUAUAAGACCUGCAGUUAUAACCUCCAUGUUACCAGUUGCAUAUUUCCGUACUGUGAAAUUUGAAGUCAUACUUUUUUUGAAGUCCCUUGUCUUCACAGCUGCUUUAACUUAUUGUAUUUUGCAUCCCAACCUGCUCUCAGAACAUGUCAGCAAUAACUCGCCCAUGAAUGGUAGUUAUUUUUUCGAUGUGAAGCAAUACUCAGACAGCAAUAACAUCCCAUGUCUCACUUUGAUUUCUAUCUACCGAUUGAGCUGCCUUAAAGGCUGCUCAGGUGUUUUGCGUAGGACAGGCUCGGUGGGUAAUGCUUCAGUAAACGGCGGGAGCAUCUCUCCCCUCGUCUCUAAUAGAAUCCAAAAGAAUUGGGCUUUGAUAUUUUCUUGCAUCAAUUUGUAAACUGUUUUCGCCCGCUACUUCUGCCUUUAGCGAGUGUUUGAAUCAUCCUGAGUGUUGCGACCUCCAAUAACAGUGUGUGAACUGUGAUUUUGUGCAUCCGGUAUGAGCUGCAUGGCCUCUGGGUUUGUGCAUGUGUUUUGUGUGCAUAACACUUUGUCUCCUUUUUGUUGCAUUUUCCAGCUCUGUUGAUCUUGUAGAGGAUAACUCUGUCAGUCUUCCUGUAAAUUUCAAAAGAGGUUGUCUCAUUCGAUUGUUUGCUUUCUGGAAGGAGAUGGGAGAUGGGCGGUCCAGCACUACAAGCCAAAGUGAAAGAGUCUCUCAGUGAUCUUUGAUCCAAGUCCUGCUGUUUCUUUUUCCGUUUGCCUAAUGUUAUAUUCCUUUUUUAAAUCAAUGAGAUUGAGAUUAAGUGACUUUUUGAUAAUUCUAUGAGCUAAAAACAGCUACUUCCAAAUACAAUGCUUCUUCUUUCUUUCCCCCAUCGAACGCCUCUCUGGCCUCAGACCACGUAGACAAAUCUUUAUCUUAUUCAUUUCAUUUCAGGUCUGAAGGGAAAGAAAAAAGAAAGCAUUUCUAAGCAUGGAAAUGUAGUCUGUGUUUGUGAAAAUGUGCAUUGUCUCAGACUGAACCCUGUAGUUCUUUGUUGAGCACCAAAAGGUCAGACGGACGCAUCUAAACCCACCACCAACUGUUUUUACUUUAUAUUUGGAGAAAACUCUAUUUUGUUAUUGAAAUUUUCUAUUUUUUUCUACUUUAGUCUGGUCAGACCUGUUCUAUUACUGCGCUGUGAAGCCUUUUUCUGAAUGUAGUGUUUGUCUAGCUGAAAUCCUUGGAGCUCGACUUUCUCUUUGUAAAUGCGGCAUGCCGACGAGGACCUAACACGAACCCGCAUGGUGCUACUGAAGCCGGUCAGUCUGACGGGUUCUUUGGAAAAGCAGACAGUGUUCUGGUACAUUUCCCUUGUAUGCAGCGGUUUGUAAAGUCAAACGCUUGUUUUCCGUCCCAGCAUUCCCUGAUAUGGUGAAUGUGGUUCACAUUUUGUACAGUGAUUGAGGUUUUUUGCUGCAGAGCAGGUUUUUUUGUUUGACAAAAAGGGCUUUGUUUCUCAGAAGGGCCAGGGAACAGUGAUGUUGGAUGUAUUAUUGAUCAGCAAACACACUCGUUAAUCUCCUAAUCAGUUUCUCGGUAAAUGCGUAAAAAGCUGUGGACUUUUUUUUUCAGGACAAACUAGCAGAGAAUGGUGAAAGUGACUUCCUGAUUACCAAUUUAGAGCUAAUAAAGCACUACAGGGCCUGUGAAUGUGUGUGUGUAUGUUUGGGAUUGGAGAUGGGGUGGCACCACAGUUACAGCAUCUAUUGUAGACAUACGCAUAGACUUCAAUGUGAAAUGCACUUUAUUCUUUGGAUGACAAUGGCACAAAAAAUUGAAAGUAUCUGCAAAAUGAAACAUAUAAAUGAUAAUCAACCUGCACUAAUUUAAUGGAUAUAUUGUAAAUACAUUUCUGUGAACGUGUUGUCUAUUUUUCCAAAGUGUUAGUUGUAUUUUUUAUUGCUUUGGUUAGCUCACUCAACUGAGAGAUCUUGUUAAUUUUGUAUUAAAAACAAAGAUGUGCUGUGCA